AUGGCGAAGCUAGUCUUUGCCUGCUGCCUGGCGUGUUGCGCCGCGGGCCAGGAGCCCUGGAUCCUGCAGCAGCUGCGCUCAUGGACCUUGGAGGAUAUGGAUUGUGGAAGCAUUCGGAGCUCGGUUGUCGACUGGGUUCGGCUUCAGCAAUCAGCAGCAGAUUUCAAUCGUGCCUGGGCGAUGAAUGCGCCUCCGCCGCGAGAACGCUGUCCCCGACGAACUCUUCGACCUGCGGCAUUGAGCUACAGGCAGCAUCAGCCGAAGCCGCACUGGGCAGGGGAGGUGGGACGUGUGCUGCAGCUACCAGACGUGGCUUCAGAAGAGUGCCCCCUGGGCUCCCUCACUGCCGCGAUACUUGCACUUGUUUGCAGCUCUGACUGUGGCACAGCGAGCACAAGAGAAGCGGAACUAGUAGAGAUGUUCUGGAGGCGGGCUUUACAGGCAAGCCAGUUGAAUGGCUUUGGCGAGGUGCCAAGCAGUGAGGGCGCUCCAUGGCUGCUUGGGACAUCCGCUUGGCCCGUGGCCGGCCUGUUGGCGAAAUGGUCUGCAAACUGCACCCGACGAAGCAGCUUGCGCCAGCAUGUGCUUGCUAGUGGGCGCUGUGCUUCUGCAAGUCUCAACGAAUUCAUCGCCGAACUCCAUGUUGCAGCUGAGCGUACCUUGGCAGUCUUGCUGCCGGGAUCCGGCUCGGCUGCGUUGAUCUUCGACAGUCGACUGGACUUCUAUGCCAUGGCGGCACUUCCAGCUUUGCGCCGUUUGCUCGAGGCUUUACCGCAACUGCGCUCUUCCAGACAAGAAGCUUGGAUAGGGCAGCAGGAUCCAUGCACGACAGAAGUGGCCACCAAAGAAGUGCUGCUCCUGUUUUUGAGGCUCUUGGGGCCGACUGUUCAUCCGGGGACGGACCCUCUUCACCCAGCUAGAACGGCAAGCCUGGCAAAGAUCCUGGCGGCCGUGGGGCUGCAGAGGCUACUUGAGAAGGGCUGGCCGCUGCUGGCCAUGCUUGCGGCAUCGGGAUUGACAACGUGGCGCUCUCACGGGCUUUAUCCAUCGGCUCAGGUGAAGGUGUCAGACGUGGCAGCUGUGGUUUCAAGUGCUGCUACGCAGGAUCCUGGUGCAACGGAUGUCUUGGAGGCUAUCGCGACGCAAUCAAGUCUUCAAAGAAACCUUUGGCAAAAGACAUCGUCGUCUGAAGUCAGUCCAAUUUUGCGGCAGAUGGCAAAUUGGCUUCUGGAGGCACCGGAAAAUGUCCCACAGGUUGUUUUCAUGACCAUGUUUUUCGGAGAUCUCGGAAACUCGACCUGGGUGGCACGCUUCCUCGAUCGGGCUUUGGUCGUCGGUCUGCCCCGCCUUAUCUUCGUGAGUCCAGACCAAGAAUACCUGGAUGACUGUGCAGAUGUGGCACAAGUCUGGAAGGACAGAGGUGACGCAUACAGCAGGCUUCUUUGUUUCCGCAGUCUCUCCACCGUCGUGCGACCCUACGACAUCAACAACUAUGCAAAGUUCGUGUUGCUGCCUCUGUUGCUGGCGCUGGGCAUGAGCUACGCUUGGUUGGACGUAGAUAUCUUCGUGGCUCAGAAUCCCACGCAGCGGCUGGUUGACUUGGGACAAGAGGCAGAUGUCCUGACAACUGAUCAUUUCGACGAGACCUGCUUGAACCACGGUGUCAUCUAUGUCAAGGCCUCGGACAGAACUCUUAUGUGGGUGCUGAGCUACAUCAGAUGGAUGCACGUAUAUCCCUUCGGACACGACCAGAAUGGCUGGGAUGCCUUCCUUGGUCAUUCGAUCAAGUUUGAGCCAUUGGUUCCGCCAAACCCCAACAUAACGCUACGAGUUCUGGACACCGGCAAGGAGUUCUUGACUCUCACUGGCUGGGCAGGAGAACACGCCGAUCUUUCGGCGGCUUUGCUCUUGCAUCUUACCCGAACUACCCCGAUUGGUGUGAUGGAGAAACGAACUCGAUUUUUCGAGCUGAUGGACUCGACUCUUGCAUCCUUGGGCUCGAGCUUGGAUGAUCGGCAUCGAGAUUUGGAGGUUCUGCGAAGAACGUUGACUCCACUCAGGGCCGCUCAACCCUCGCCAAAGCGAUCGUGCUACGAGGGCGUCCAUGUUGCGGUCGAGCAGGCCGUGGAUGAUGGAAGCUAUUGGCACCUCUUUGAGUGA